AUGACCCGCACGAACUGGACGCCGAGCAAGGCGCCGUACCCCCCCGCACGCCGCUCGGAUGCAUCGACGACGUACGCCUCGGCGAAGCACGGAAAAGUGACCGUGCCCGAGCCGUACGACUGGCUCGAGACGCCCCCGUCGCAGAGCGAGGAGACGGCUGCGUGGACCAAAGCGCAGGCCGCGUAUACCGAUGCGUUCCUCGCCGAGUGUGGCGAUAAGGAGGCGUUCAAGAAGCGCCUCGAGCAGAACUGGGAUUAUGUGCGGACCUCGGCGCCGUCGCACAAGCGCGACGGCCGCUACUACUACUCGUACAACGCGGGCCUUGCGCCGCAGAGCGUGAUUUACCGUGCGACGCGCGAAGAGAUUGAUGCCGUGCACGGCACGUCGCAAAAGGAGCCGGUUGGCGAACUGUUCUUUGAUACCAAUGUCCUGUCCGACGACGGCACGGUCGCAUUGUCGCUGACCGCCUUUUCGCACACGGGCAAGUACGUCACGUACGGCCUGUCGGUCAGCGGCUCGGACUGGAUCAAGCUGUACGUGCGCCCGACUGAUGCGCCGCUCGUCUCGAACGACGGCACCGAAGGCGGCGCGGGCCGCCUGGCCGACGUGAUCGAGAACGUCAAGUUUUCCUCGGCCGUCUGGACGCACGACGACCAGGGCUUCUUCUACCAGCGCUACCCCGCCGUGUCGCACGAGGACAAGGGCACGGAGACGGAUGCGAACCAGGACGCCGAGUUGUAUUACCACCGCCUCGGCACGCCGCAGUCGGACGACGUGCUGGUCAUCGCCAGGGACGCAGCCACGCCGAGCUCGAUGUGGCAUCCCACCGUGACCGACGACGGAAAGUGGGUCCUCCUGGAGAACUCCAAGGACACGGAUACGAAGCAGCGCUUCUACCUCGCGCCGCUCGAGGGCCAGACGAUCGGCGCGUCGAUGCGCUGGAUUCCCAUCUCGACCGAAUUCAAGUACACGCUCGGCUACCUCGGCAACGACGGCAACCGCUUCUACUUUAUCACGAACAAGGAUGCGCCGAACUACCGCGUGGUCGCCCUCGACGUCGAUCCCGCGCAGGCGGUCGCGACGGAGCACGUCGCGGAGCUGACCGGGGCCAACGACGCGUUUGUCGACCUCGUCGCCGAGGACUCCAAGGCGAUCGUGACCUCGGCCAAGAUCGUCGACCAGAACAAGCUCCUGGUGCUUGUCUCGCGCGACGUCAAGGACGAGCUGUGGCUCCACGACCUCGAGGGCAAGCAGAUCACGCGCCUCCUGCCCGACCUGGUCGGCACCGUCGGCCAGGUCGCGGGCCUGCGCGAGGACCGCGAGGUGUUUGUGCUGACUGUCUCCUUCUCGAACCCCGGCACGGUGCACCGCAUCGCGUGGCAGGGCGAGCCGAGCAAGGUCGAGGGGCCGACGUCCGUCGAGGUGUACUCUGCGACGCACGUCGCCGGCAUCCGCCCGGAGGAGUACACGAGCACCCAGAUCUUUGUUCCGAGCAAGGACGGCACCGAGAUCCCCGUCUUUUUGACGUACCCCAAGUCGAUGCCGCUCGACGGCUCUGCCCCGGCGCUGGUCUACUUUUACGGCGGCUUCAACAUCCCGCUGAACCCCGUCUUUUCUCCGUCGAUGAUGACGUGGGUCGCGUCGUACGGCGGUAUCCUCGCGUUUGUCAAUGCGCGCGGCGGCGGCGAGUACGGCGACAAGUGGCACGAGGCGGGCAUGCUCUUUAACAAGCAAAACGUAUUCGACGACGUGAUGGCCGCGACGCAGCACCUGCACGAGCACAAGUACGCCGCCAAGGGCAAGAUCACCAUCAUGGGCGGCUCCAACGGCGGCCUGGGCGUUGCUGCCGUCGCAAACCAGUGCACCGACGCGAGCGGAAUCGGCGCGGCGAUCGCCGACGUCGGCGUGCACGACAUGCUCAAGUUCCCUCUGUGGACCAUCGGCAAGGCGUGGGCGGCCGACUACGGCAACCCCCAAGAGGACGGCGCGGCGUUUGACUACAACUAUGCCUACUCGCCGCUGCACAAUGUCACGCAAAAGGUCUAUCCGACGAUGAUUUUGGCGUGUGCGGACCACGACGACCGUGUCGUGCCCGCCCACUCGUUCAAGCUCGCAGCCGAGCUGCAGCACCAGCGCAAGGACAACCCCAACCCCCUGCUGCUCCGUGUCGAGCUGCAAGCCGGCCACGGCGCAGGAAAGAGCACGCAGAAGCGCAUUGACGAGGCGAGCGAAAAAUUCGCGAUUGUCGCACGGAUGCUCGGCCUGUCGCUGGCCAAGGGCUCGGCGCUGUAG